CGCAUUCUCUAGUUUCUUAUCUCGUCAUUACAACUGCACAGACAUGCCGACCGAUUGUAGUGCCACCAAGAAGAAGUACGCCAUGGACGGCGUCAACCUUCUUCUCGCUCAGCACCUGAUCGACGUUGAGCUGUACAAGCAAGGCGAAGCGGACUCUGGUAUCUCCAGCGAGGCGAUGUCCGCGGUAACGUCGUUUAUCAACGACUGCUACCAGCGCAUCGCCGCCGGAGCGUCCGGCCCAGCUUCCAACAAGAAGAGGCCCACCGUCGCCUCGGCCUCGAAGGCAGCGCAGUCUUCCGUCAGGUCGCUGAUGGCCGCCGACGAGCCCACCAAGCACGUCGCCAGGAAGCGCGCCAGAGCCGUCGCCAAGCCGAGUCACCCUGAGGCGAUCAACAAAGCCAUCAGGGAGAUGAAGUAUGGCACGGGUAAAGGCUCCUCUCUCGAUGCGAUAGAGACGUACAUCGGCGCGCAGUACAAGGUCGACGCUGAGAUGCUGGCUCCUUUGACGACUUCGUCGGGCGCCAAGCCUGACGCCUCUGCGGCCGGUGCCAAGAGAAAGGCGUCGUCCGCGGCAGCUCCGGGACCACCUGCGAAGAUGGCGAAACCGUCAAUCGCCAAGGGCAAGAAGGCCACCGCUGCCGACCAGUAAGUCCCUUGCAUCGUCGUC